UUUGCAUAAUUUUUGUAUUCUCAUCAACAAUUCUCAGACAUUUUAACACAAUUUUUAUCCAAAAUGAGUAAAGAUACAAAUAAAAGACUUGCCAUUACCGAAGAGACCUUGGCUUCACUUCAAAACCCUUCCAGUACAUCCAGCGUGAAAAUUCGCAAAUCCUCAAACAUAUUCUCCAAUCUCGUAAGAAAAGCUCGCAGGAAAAAAACCUCAAACAAAAACCCUGGAGAUUCAGUCAGAAAUGUACACCUGUCUUCUCAGAAUUUGAGCGAAUCGAGCACAAUGUCUUUAGCGGCACAUAUCGAAGAGGAAGUGGAACUGAGCUGCCAAAAUUACGAGAACAACAAGAAAAGUUUGCAUCAGGCUCGAGACAUUUUGUGGGAAAGUAAGGGGGUUGAUAGCGAGACAAAUACCUCCAAUCAUUCAGGCAUAUCUUUAAAGAAAACUUCAGCACUCCAUAAAGCAUCAAACUGUGAAUCCAAAAUGGUCAUUUCUCAAGAGGUUCUGUCCUCCUUCAUAAGUUUUGGAAAGCCCUUAUUGGACGUAACUAAUGCCGAUGCCUUGCAGUAUCUGCAAAUAGUUAUCACUAAUUUUCAUGAAAGCGAAAACCAUGUAAUAAAUUUACUAGCAAAAUAUAUAACCGAUCCAACCAUUCAAGCAGAAAUGAAAAAUGCUAUUUCGCAUCACACAAAAUUUCAAUGGGAAGCCGAAAAAAGAUCCUGUUCUCUAGCCCACGAUAUCUGGACGCAACAGCUUGAAAUCGGAAGAGCUCAAGAAAAAGUCUUUCAGGAUACAAUGCAAACUUUGGUAAAACAAAAUCGACAAUUGCAAAUUGAAAACGAAAGCUUGUUUAGAAAAUAUGAAAAAGCUUGCAAACAGAUGCGUGGUGGCCCUGAAGAUUUAGAAACUGACUCGCUAUUCAGGCGCAAUGAAAAACUUCAGAUAAAGUUGGAUUCGUUUUUCAAAAAGCUUGAAAGUCUCGAAAGUGAAUUGUCCAUUUUUCAAAAGCAAAAUGAUUGUUUGGAACAAGAACUGCGGAAUUCUAAUACUAAAAUUCAAAAUACAAAAACUCUAGUUCAUAAACUGAAAACCGAAUAUGAAAUUGAGGAAGUUUCCUUGAAUGCUAAGCUGGCCUCUAAGGAUAGGGUUUUGGAAGAACUUUUGGAAAUUAGAGAUGUUGUAAUGGAUGAGUUAGAGGAUUUAAAAAAAAGUUUGGGCGUUUUGCCUUUUGGAUCCAGUUGGAGCAAAUUUAAAAUGCAAGGCAGUAGCAUUGCUGAUAUAUUUCAAAUAUGUAGAGCCAGCAUUACCGAAUUAUCUAAGGAAUUAAUAAAUGCUCAUGCUGAAAAUGUUACUAAGGAAAAAGACAUUAUGUCUCUUCAGGAAAUGAACAAAAAUCUUAUAGAAGAGUCAAACUCGUUGUCUCAAAAAAUUAAAGAUAACUCCAAUACAAUAAACGAAAAGUUUUUAUUGGAACAAAAAUAUCAAGUGUUGGAAAUCGAACUUAGAACUACAAAGGAAAGUCUUGGGAAAGUCGAAGCCGAAAAUUUAAAGCUAAGAGAAACCAUUAGCGAUCAUGGAAAAUAUUUAAAAGAAAAAGAAAGAAGGCUGGAACGAACCAAAUUAUUUGUUACAAACAUAACUACAGAAAAUUAUACUUUGCAAAAAGAAGUAGUGAUGUUAAACAGGAUUAUUAAAGAAAGCGGAGCGGGAGAUGCCUCUAAAGAUAUUGCACAUAAACAUGAAGAGCUAGAAAGAGUAGAUUACUCUGAGCUCAAAAACCAAACGGAAGCCACGAAGCACGAGAAUCUUGUCGUAAUUCAUGAUCAGCAAAUCGCGUACAAAACUUUACAAAGGCAAGUGAAGGAAUUGGAAAAAGUAACUACAAAUAAUCAAGAACUACGGGUUAAAAUUGAUAGUCAAAAUGAAACUGUGAUAACUCUUCAAAAUGAACGAAUGAAGUAUUUGGAAGAAAAAAGCCUUUUAAAGUCAACAAUACAACAUUUAAAGUGCGAGCUAUCGAAAAUUAAACAGCUUGAAGAUAGUUUAUCCAAUGUUAGCAGGGAAGCUAGUAAACUUGGAUUUGUAGUAGAAUGCACUAAACAACAAAGUGAAAAAUUGAAACAAGAAAUCCUAGAUAAAAACACAACGAUAGCUCAUUUGAAAACUAACAUGGAAAAACUAAAUGAAAUCCAAGUAGAAAAUGCCAAAGAAAGAGUCACUUUGUGUCAGGAAAUUAACGAAGUUUCGCAUCUCAAAGAAAGACUCGGCCAAGUGUUGAGUACUGAAAAGAAAAAAUUUGCCGAGCUUGGGCAUUCGAAGGAAGUCAUGGUAAAGUCGAUUAAUUCACAUGUUCAGCAAAUUGAAGAAAAACUGAAAAAUGAAAGGGCAACUAUGAAGAUGCUGUUAACAAACAUGAAACUGGUUAAACAGGAGAAGGAGGAGGUUGUAAAAGAAAAGUUAAAUCUUCAAGCAGAGAUUGAAAAGCUGAAAACAAAAGUGACAGAACAAGAAGAAAAGUACAGUAAAAUUACAAAAGAAAUAGCAAAUAAAAAUGACGAAACCAAAGAUCUAAGAAGGGAAAUUGAUGGAUAUGAAAAAAGUAAUAAAGAAUCAAAUGAAAAAUUAAAGAUUGAAACAUCGAAAAAUGAUACUAAUAUGAGGCAAUUGAAAUUAUUAAUUGACAGACAAGAAAUCGAGGAAUCCAAAAACUCACUAAAUGAACAAACUCAAAUGGCCAAAGAAUUGAUGAAAGGAAAAGAACAACACACAGAAGAAAAAUAUCAAUUAAUAACUGAGAAAAAUUGUCUAUUAAAAGAGGCAGAGUGUCUCAAUACUUUGAUGGGAAAAGUAGUGAGUGAUUUUGAAACAAAUUUAAAAAGUUCAAAGGAAAAGGAAAUAAUGCUCAAAGAUGAGUUAGAUGAAGCUAAAGAAUUGAUCCGUAACUAUAGCCAGGAAAUUAAAGAUAUGGAACAAAAAAUAAAAUUGAAAGAACAACGAAUUGAACAGUUAGAAGAUGUGAGAAAAUUAGAAGAAGUAAAAGACAACCGAUAUAAAAGACUUAAAGAAGAAAUGGAUCAGCUUGAAAUAGAGCACAAAGAGGUACAAGAUGCCAAAGCAAACCUCGAAAACCAACUUUUCGAUAUCCACGAUGAAUACAAAAAAUUAACUUUACACGUUGACCGCUUAGAAAAAGAAGCCGAGCUAUUUGAUUCAGAAUUAAAAUCAAUCGUAAAACAAAAGGAAGACGAUUAUUCUUUUUACAAAAAUCACAUUGCCGAUCAUUCGAGGACUCGCCAAGAGCUCGAAGAGCAAAACCAAAAAGAAAUAACCAAAUUACGUUUGCAACUUCAAGAAGCCACAACGAGAUUAGCUAAUGAAAAAAGUGCUUAUGAUAUUUUGUCGCAGGUUCAUAAGGAUGUAUCUGGGAAAUUUAUGAGAAGCAUUAACGAUUUGGUGGGUUCUAAACAUAUGAAUCAGGAUGUUAUUGAGAAACUUAAGGAAGAACAAGUGGAUAUUGAGGAUAUUAAAAACGACAAGAAACAAUUUUCUAUAGCAGUUAAAGAGCUAUCUGAACAACUUGAAAGGGUUUAUGAGGAAAAUGGGAUGUUACGGGCGCAAUAUAAAGAAGCCUUGGAAAAAUGUUUAUCGUUGGAAGCUCAGAUGAAGCAAAGAGAACCAGGAAAUCUUCAAGGGAAAGAAAAUUCAGCUACUCAAGACAUGAAAGAGCAGGCUUUCCAGACUGUAGCUGAAGAACUGAGAAAAGAGCUCGAAGAAAACCAUGUGACAGUCCACCAUUUGAAAAUGGAAAUUGCAGAACUACAAAAGCAAGAGAUGCUGUUGCAGUUAGGAAGGUCAGAAUUGACGCUGAAACUGCACGAAACUGAAAAAAUGUUGGAAACUGAAAGAAGUUUGGCCGAAAAGUUGAAAAACACGCAAACGAAUCUCUUAUCGGCAAUAAUGCAACUCAGGGAUGAAGGCAAACUGGAAUCUUCCGUUUGCAUUUACUUGCUGCAUAUGAUGGAUUUCCUAUCAUCUUCUCAACUAACUAUGUACGAAAGCAUCAUAGCCCAAAUCCAAAUUGAACACGAAAAAUCCCAAAAACUAAAACAAGAAAUUGAAAAAGCCAAUAGCAAUCUUAUUAUUUCAAGUCUUUCCAAGUUGAAAUUGCCUCAAAAAUUAGGACACGUAAAUGUUAAAAUUUUCAGUGAUGUUAUGGAGCUUUUUAAUUUGUAUUCAGAAGAUAUAACUGACAGCUUUCAAGAUCUAAUGAGACAUAAAAAUGUUAAAUUUUAUAUGGUAGAAGUAUUUAUUACAAACUCUUUACAGAAACAUUUAAAAUAUAUGAAUUGGUCUUUGCUGAUUUCUAUUAAACAUCGUAACGAAACUUUUUCUAAAACUAUUCCAGUGAAACAUUUUAAAAUCCCUAUAAUUGAAGUAGUUCCAGUGGAUCAAAAAAUCAUUGAUUGUCAAGUUUCAGUUAGUAUUAUUUCACAUACUAAAGAUAAUCUUACUUGUGUUUUACUUGAUAAAGUCAAUGUUGAUAUUUCUUACCAUUUUGAAAUGUUAAGGAAAUUUAAACAUAAAAUGUCUAAAGAAAGGCAAAUUGUAGAAAUCUCAAAAUGUUAUAAUUCGUCUAAUUUUAAAAACAAAUAUAAACCACUUUUAGUUGAGUAUAAAUUCCUAACAAAAAUCGAUCAUAGAGAGUUUUUAAACUUAUUAAUAAAAAACUGUUAUCAUAACAUUGACAUUGAAGAAUUUUCUGAUUUAAUUGCAAAUGAUUCAAAAAAUGAUGUCACUGUAAAACUUUCAACUGGUUCUGCUAAACAUUCAGUAACUUUCAAAAAAGAACUAAAAUCAAUUACCCUUGAAAGCAAUGUUUCUGAUAUGGUUAAAUUGAAAAAUUAUUUCUGGAAGAAGGAUACUGUUAAAGUUGAGGAUGAAAAGGAGAUGAAAAAAAGAUUUGUGGAAUAUAUAUCAAAGUUACAAAAAUGCAAUGAUAAAGAGGAACUGUGUCGCUUUUAUCUUUGUUUAAGGGAUAUUUGGACAACCUGA